UUAAGUCUGUGACCCGGAAGUACGUCGCAUUACCGGCAAAUGUACAGAUUCUCUUCCGGCCUGUGAAUCUAGGCUGCGAGCGUGGAUUCUUAUCUGUGCUCGUAAAAUAUUUAACAAAAUGAGUGUCCCGGCGUUUAUUGAUAUAACGGAGGAGGAUCAGGCGUCAGAGCUUCGGGCCUAUCUGAAAUCUAAAGGAGCUGAGAUCUCUGAGGAGAAUUCUGAAGGAGGUCUGCACGUUGAUCUGGCACAGAUCAUUGAAGCCUCUGAUGUCUGCCUCAAAGAUGAUGACAAAGAUGUGGAGAGUGUGAUGAACAGCAUCGUCUCCCUGUUGCUGAUUCUGGAGACAGAGAAACAGGAAGCUCUCAUUGAGAGUUUAUGUGAGAAGCUGGUGAAGUUUCGUGAGGGUGAACGGCCCUCGCUCAGGAUGCAGCUCUUGAGCAAUCUGUUCCAUGGUAUGGAUGAGAACACACCUGUGAGGUACACGGUGUACUGCAGUCUGAUUAAAGUGGCGGCCACCUGCAAUGCCAUUGCAUUCAUACCUACAGAACUGGACCAGGUGCGGAAGUGGAUCAUAGACUGGAAUCUGAGUACAGAGAAGAAACACACUCUGCUCCGUCUGGUGUAUGAAGCGCUGGUCGACUGCAAGAAGAGUGAAGCUGCAGCCAAAGUGAUGGUGGAGUUACUAGGCAGUUACACAGAAGACAAUGCUUCACAAGCUCGAGUGGAUGCACACAGGUGCAUCGUUCGGGCCCUGAAAGACCCAAACACCUAUCUGUUCGAUCAUCUCCUGGCUUUGAAACCAGUGCGUUUUCUGGAGGGAGAACUCAUCCACGAUCUCCUGACCAUCUUCGUCAGUGCAAAGCUUGCUUCUUAUGUAAAGUUUUACCAGAGCAACAAAGACUUCAUUGAGUCUCUCGGUUUGUCCCAUGAGCAGAACAUGGCAAAAAUGAGGCUGUUGACAUUCAUGGGCAUGGCGGUAGAGAUGAAGGAGAUCUUGUUCGACACCAUGCAGCAGGAGCUGCAGAUCGGUGCUGAGGAUGUGGAGGCCUUUGUCAUUGACGCUGUUCGGACUAAAAUGGUCUAUUGCAAGAUCGACCAGACGCAGCGGAAGGUUGUGGUUAGCCACAGCACACACCGCACCUUUGGCAAACAGCAGUGGCAGCAGCUGUAUGACACACUGUCCUCCUGGAAACAGAACCUGGCCACCGUGAAGAGCAGCCUUCAGACGCUCUCUCCCACCGCCUGACACAGCUGCUUCUGUUUUUAUACACAUCAAAUAAAAUACCCAUGAAGACCA